CAUGUUUUUGGGGAGGAGAGCUCCAACGAGGAGGUGUAUCGAAGAACAGCAUACCCUCUGGUGCAGCACAUGCUCAAUGGAGGCAAGGCCACCUGCUUUGCAUAUGGCCAGACAGGUGCAGGGAAGACUUACACCAUGUUGGGUUCUCCUGUGAGACCAGGGUUGUAUGCACUGGCAGUCGGGGACAUUUUUGCUCACCUCUCCACCACACACAUACACUCACCGUUGCUGGUGUAUGUCAGUUUCUUUGAAAUCUACUGUGGCCAGCUCUAUGACCUGCUGGACCACAGAAAAAGGUUGUUUGCCAGAGAAGAUGGACAAAAGGUGGUUCACAUUGUUGGGCUGCUUGAUGUCAAAGUGGACUCAGUCAGUUCACUGUUGGAGGUGAUUUCACGGGGGACAGAGGAGCGCACACAAGGGAUGAGUGGAGUGAACUCACUCUCCUCUCGUUCCCAUGCCUUGCUUCAGAUUCAGCUGAGAGAUACAAACCAGCAGAUUGCUGGAAGAAUGUGGUUUGUGGACCUGGCAGGAAGUGAGAGGGCAUCAGAUACCAAAGAUCCAGACAGACAGAGUCGUAUGGAGGGAGCUGAGAUCAACCAGAGCCUGUUGGCUCUUAAAGAAUGUAUCCGGUCCCUGGAUCAAGAACAGUCACACACACCUUUCAGACAAAGCAAACUAACUCAGGUUUUGAAAGACUCGUUUGUUGGUGACUCAAUGACAUGCAUGAUUGCCAACAUUUCACCUGGUCACUUAGCAGCUGAACAUACACUAAAUACGCUGAGAUAUGCCGACCGGGUGAAAGAGUUAAGGGGACAAGGAGGACUAAGAGGAGGAAGAAGGGGCAAGACAAUACCCUCCCCCAAACGUAACCUGUCUCACAGCAGCCGCAGUAGCAGCAACGGAAGCAACAAUUUUGGCACCCGUGGGAAAAGUCCCCCUAAAAAACCAAAGUUAGGGAAACAAAGAGAGGAUUACAUCCCCAACACGCCUACUACAAGAUUGCCCAGUGGAGGCACAAUUCUCUCCUCCACGCCCAAAAACAGCAGAUUGGUGGUGGAAACAAGUGCAAGAAGGGGGAUUGGACUUGAACACCUGACACCAGUCAGGGGUUUGCGGGGAAUCUGUGAUAAGAAGGAGAGGAGGGAGAGAGCAGGUGAGAGGGAGGGUAGAAGAAGAGAAAGGUAUGGAGCUAUUGAAAGUGUAGGCUUCUCAGUUGGUGACCAAAACAGUGAGGCAGGCCUGACCUUGGGACAAGCAACAGAGGAGCAGAAUAACUUGUGGGAGGUGCAGAGGGAAUCUGGAUUCUACAACAGGGAAAAAGAGAACCAGCAAAACACUUUGAAACAGGGAGAAAAGGAGGAAAGAACACAGGGAAGACGAGAGGAUAGCAGUAGAUACACAUGUAGUGAAGUAGAAAGGCUAAGGCAAGGGAAUGUACUAAAGCUUGAUGAAAGGGAUACGGAGAGGAAGAGGCAUCUGAGACAGUAUCACCAGCAGCUGCAGCAGUUUAUGCCCUCAUCAGCUUCUUCAUCUGUCCAGCUCUCCUCACCCUCCACAUGUCCGUCUUUUUCCUUCUCUAAUCAGGCCUCUCUCUCUUCUUCUGUCUCUCCCUCUUCCUGUUCUUCUCUCCAACACUCUUCCCGCCUCUCAGUUUCUUCCCUCAUGCAUCAUGGUUUGGAAGAGGUUUUAGAUGUGUACAGAGCCAGGGUUGACGUUGGAGCCAAUGGUAACAGAGGACAGUCGGCUUGCUUCCCCAGUCAAGAGAUUUGCUUACAAAUUGAAACCUCUCCAAGCUUCAAUAUAAAUGAGAAUGAGGUUACUAGUGGUGACUCAGCUGGUGUUGGUGGAGAUUGGAGGGUAUCUAGGGAGAGGACAGAGGCAAGAUUUGGACAAGACAGAGGUAAAUGUGAGAAGAGGAGGUCACCGAAGGUAACAGGGGAAGGAGAGGUAAGGAGGGAAGAGCGGAGGCCAGCUGGGAUGGAAGGAGGAGGAGAGAGGAGGUGGGGUUGGGUGGAAACAACAGAGACAGAACGGGCAGACAGGAUGACGGGUGCAAGGCCAGCUGAUGUAGAGGCAUUAGUGUCUUACAACUGUGACUCAGAAGAGAGAAGAGAAGUGGAUGAGGGAGACCUAGAAGCCUCAGAUGUGCCAGUUGAUGGAAUAUGGAGCAAUGAGGAGCAGGAAGGAGCUGACGGCUACAGUUUACUGUCCACCCACAGCCCCAUUAACAGCAACAGUGUGGCUAACUACCUUCCUGUUGAGUCAUGCCAUCAACGAGCUCCAGCAGAACGACCCCUCUCCCCAGCCUGUGGACAUACCAACACACCCCUGACCCCGAAUAAACACAGUGAUCUCCCCCCUAAGUUAAAACAUAACAGAUGCACCUCAAACAUCCUAUCUCUACCAAUGCAAAAUGCUCGACAGGGAGUGCCGUCAAGCAGCUGCAGAGAGCAGCAACAAUUGUUUACUGUUCAUGCAAAUAGACGAGAAUUUUCAAAUACUCAAUCGGCCAUGCUACCUCUCACUACUCCCAUCACACAGAAUGGAUAUAAAAUACCAGCUCAACCCCUGAACAUAUUAUCUGAAAGACCUGCUUACCCUAUUGUACACAACCAGCCAAAUGUCAAAGCCAAAAUGUUUGUGUCACCUCGAGAAGACACUGCAGAUUCUCUCAGCUACAUCAUGGACCCCCUCAGCAUUUCAUUGCUUCAAGUGGACCAACAGGCCGCUACAGUCUCCUUCCUCCAAGGAGAACAAAACAGCACCUCACUCUGUUCCUUGGAGAAUGAAAGGGGAAGGGAAGUGGAAAACGAGCUUUUCACAUGUGGUGACAUGGCCGGGAAAGACACCAGGGAUGAGGACGUAGAAUUUCGCCUGUCUCUUUUGGAUCCGCCACGAAAUAUGAUGAAGCGUCCUAUCCCGGAGGUUAUGCCGGUAUCUGUCCAGGACCAAGAGAACAACGAGAAACCCCAAACUAAGCCAGUGUUUAAAGUCCUCGGCAACCAAACCCCUGCAUCCCCACUUAAACCCUCUGCAUUGGCUUCUAUGCAAACUUCCGUCAUGCAGUCCAUCUCAUCCUCUGUCCAGCAGUCAGGGAACACUGGUUCACCCAGCUCACACAAUCUUAUGUCUAAUGAUGCCACCCAAAUACUACCAGAAUAUGCACAGAAUAUACACAACAAAUGUGCCUUUUCCAUUUCAACACCACAGUCAGAAAGUGGCUCCUGCCAGUUGAACACAGUGCCAAAGCAGUGUCACACAGUACAUUUAAACCAUUCCAGCAACUCAAACAUCCAAACAAAAGGUCCUACAGAAUCAAAUGGUCAAGAGAGCAGGGGCAAACAGCAAAUUAGACCCAGGUCCCAUCUGUCUAUACUGGAAAACUUGGAACACGACCGGUGGUGUGUUGUCCAGGCCCAUUGGGAGCAGCUGGAAGUGAUGGAAGCUUUAUGUCGUAAAGAGGGGACACUUCUGUGCCAGCAACCUGAUAUGGCAUUUGGGGACUAUGUCCAGAAGUUGGAGAAUAUCAUGGAGAAAAAGGCUCGGUGUGUCCACAGCAUGAUAGCUCAGCUGCAGCCAUAUCUGAGGCCCAGUCAUUCUAACCAACCACACAACCAAGAAGGAGAUAAUCAUAAUGCAGUAUCUUAA